AUGGAGGGAAAACCGAACAGGGGUCGUCAAACAAGCUGGAAGAGAGGUGGAGGUGGAGGUGGAAGUGGAGGUGUAGGUGGCGGGGGAAGUGGCGGGGGAAGUGACAGCGGGAACUCGGGUGGUGAGCACAGGGUCCGGGGAAGAGGACGAUAUGGAACUGGAAGGGGAAAAAGGGAUCAUUAUCGAGGCCGUGGCCGUGGCUGUCAACCUACCCCAUCAUUUGGAAGGGUGAGGAGCUGGUUAAAGUUCGGUCUAGCACACUCAAAUAGCUGUUUAUUAGCAUCAGUUUAUUAGCUAUCUUAGUUAGCUGAUAUGUUGAACAUCUCCGAAAAGUCUUUGAACAAAAAUUGUAUAGCUAUCGAUCCAAGUGAAAGACGCAUCAUUGGAAGUAGUGGUGGGGAGUCUACUCCAACAUAAUCGAUUCCUCAACUCCCAUUUCUGGGUGUCUGGACCCCUAAGAUUCUGUAUUUUAGCACCAUGGAAACUAUACUGAACAGAAAUAUAAACGCAACAAUUUCAAAGAUUUUACUGAGUUACAGGUCAUAUGAGGGAAUCAGUCAAUUGAAAUACAUUUAAUUAGGCCCUAAUCUAUUGAUUUCACAUAAAUGGGAAUACAGAUAUGCAUCUGUUGGUCACAGAUACCUUAAAAUAAAUUGGCCUCUGGAUCUCGUCACGGUAUUUCUGUGCAUUUAAAUUGCCAUCGAUAAAAUGCAAUUGUGUUCAUUGUCCGUAGCUUAUGCCUGCCCAUACCAUAACACCAAUGCCACCAUGGGGCACUCUGUUCAGAAUGUUGUUAUCAGCAAAUUGGUUGCCCACACAACGCCAUACACGGGUCUGUGGUUGUGAGACCGGUUGGACGUUCUGCCAAAUUCUCAAACGGCUUAUGGUAGAGAAAUUAACAUUAAAUUAUCUGGCAACAGCUCUGGUGGACAUUCCUGCAGUCAACAUACCAAUUGCACGCUCCCUCAAAACCUGAGACAUCUGUGGCAUUGUGUUGUGACAAAACUGCACAUUUUAGUGGCCUUUUAUUGUCCCCAGCACAAGGUGCACCUGUGUAAUGCUCAUGCUGUUUAUAUAUACAGUGGGGAGAACAAGUAUUUGAUACACUGCCGAUUUUGCAGGUUUUCCUACUUACAAAGCAUGUAGAGGUCUGUAAUUUUUAUCAUAGCUACACUUCAACUGUGAGAGAUGGAAUCUAAAACAAAAAUCCAGAAAAUCACAUUGUAUGAUUUUUAAGUAAAACAUUUGCUUUUAAUACAUUUACAUUUUACAUUUUAGUCAUUUAGCAGACACUCUUAUCCAGAGCGACUUACAUUAUCUUUUUAAAUUUUAUUUUUAAAUUUUAUUUUAUUUUUAUACUGUCCCCCCGUGGGAAUUGAACCCACAACCCUGGCGUUGCAAACGCCAUGCUCUACAUACCUGCCGGCCAUUCCCUCCCCUACCCUGGACGACGCUGGGCCAAUUGUGCGCCGCCCCAUGGGUCUCCCGGUCGUGGCCGGCUACGACAGAGCCUGGAUGACAUAAGUAUUUGAUACAUCAGAAAAGCAGAACUUAAUAUUUGGUACAGAAACCUUUGUUUGCAAUUACAGAGAUCAUACGUUUCCUGUAGGUCUUGACCAGGUUUGCACACACUGCAGCAGGGAUUUUGGCCCACUCCACCACCUACAGACCUUCUCCAGAUCCUUCAGGUUUCGAGGCUGUCGCUGGGCAAUACGGACUUUCAGUUCCCUCCAAAGAUUUUCUAUUGGGUUCAGGUCUGGAGACUGGCUAGGCCACUCCAGGACCUUGAGAUUCUUCUUACGGAGCCACUCCUUAGUUGCCCUGGCUGUGUGUUUUGGGUCGUUGUCAUGCUGGAAGACCCAGUCACGACCCAUCUUCAAUGCUCUUACUGAGGGAAGGAGGUUGUUGUGAUACAUGGCCCCAUCCAUCCUCCACUCAAUACGGUGCAGUCGUCAUGUCCCCUUUGCAGAAAAGCAUCCCCAAAGAAUGAUGUUUCCACCUCCAUGCUUCACGGUUGGGAUGGUGUUCUUGGGGUUGUACUCAUCCUUCUUCUUCCUCCAAACACGGCGAGUGGAGUUUAGACCAAAAAGCUCUAUUUUUGUCUAAUCAGACCAUAUGACCUUCUCCCAUUCCUCCUCUGGAUCAUCCAGAUGGUCAUUGGCAAACUUCAGAUGGGCCUGGACAUGCGCUGGCUUGAGCAGGGGGACCUUGCGUGUAUUGCAGGAAUUUAAUCCAUGACGGCGUAGUGUGUUACUAAUGGUUUUCUUUGAGACUGUGGUCCCAGCUCUCUUCAGGUCAUUGACCAGGUCCUGCCGUGUAGUUCUGGGCUGAUCCCUCACCUUCCUCAUGAUCAUUGAUGCCCCACGAGGUGAGAUCUUGCAUGGACCCCCAGACCGAGGGUGAUUGACCGUCAUAUUGAACUUCUUCCAUUUUCUAAUAAUUGCGCCAACAGUUGUUGCCUUCUCACCAAGCUGCUUGCCUAUUGUCCUGUAGCCCAUCCCAGCCUUGUGCAGGUCUACAAUUUUAUCCCUGAUGUCCUUACACAGCUCUCUGGUCUUGGCCAUUGUGGAGAGGUUGGAGUCUGUUUGAUUGAGUGUGUGGACAGGUGUCUUUUAUACAGGUAACGAGUUCAAACAGGUGCAGUUAAUACAGGUAAUGAGUGGAGAACAGGAGGGCUUCUUAAAGUAAAACUAACAGGUCUGUGAGAGCCGGAAUUCUUACUUGCAAUAAAAUGCAAAUUAAUUACUUAAAAAUCAUACAAUGUGAUUUUCUGGAUUUUUGUUUUAGAUUCCGUCUCUCACAGUUGAAGUGUACCUAUGAUAAAAAUUACAGACCUCUACAUGCUUUGUAAGUAGGAAAACCUGCAAAAUCGGCAGUGUAUCAAAUACUUGUUCUCCCCACUGUAUGUAUGUAUGUAUGUAUGUAUGUAUGUGUGUGUAUGUAUGUAUAUAUAUAUAUAUAUAUAAAUAAUGGUGUGUUUUGUAUGUAAAUAUUAUUAAAAUGACCAGUGCUCAAUGACCUAGAAUAAAGUAUAUACAUAUGAAGUGGGUAAAACAGUAUGUAAACAUUAUUUACAUACUGACCAGUGGGCACCAGUCUCUAAGAUGCAGGGUAGAGUACCGGGUGGUUGCCGGCUAGAAAAGUAACUAAGGCUAGUGAUGGCUAUUUAACAGUCUGAUGUCCUGGAGAUACAAGCUGUUUGUCAGUCUCUCGGUCCCAGCUUUGAUGCACCUGUACUGUCUCCGCCUUCUAGAUGGUAGCGGGCUGAACAGGCAGUGGCUCGGGUGGCUGAGGUCCUUGAUGAUCUUGGCCUUCCUGUGACACCGGGUGCUGUAGAUGUCCUGGAAGGCAGGCAGUGUGCCUGGUGUUGUGUGCAAUGUUGUUGGUGUUGCUAUGCACAGUGCCUGCCAAAUGGCCAGUGAUUGAGUGACACUACUCACCUCGGCUGGGAUGUAAAUAUGUUGAUUUUUUAUUUUGGAUCAACACAUUUAAUCCAUUUAAUUCAACAUCAUUUUCACACAUGGAAAAAGUUGGAGACGGCCUUCAACUGUAAACUUUAGAGAACUCAACAAAAAUACUAUAGUUGUGCACCUGUGUCAAUGUCUUUUGUCAUUCCAUUGACAAAUGUUGUGAUCCCUUGAUUUGUUUGAGAUCGAUGUCUCUAUCCUACUGACUCUUCUGUUGAUACUGCAGGACCAGGAUGAAGGGAACAGGAUGGAUGUGGAGGAGGAUGAGGGGAUGGAGGUUUUCACCAAGAGGAAGUUGAAGUCUAACUGGGAUCGUUACAAGGAGUCAGAGAAGGAGGAGUCUAGUGAUGACACGCCCACUCAGAGAGGGACGGACUACCACGUCCUCCUCCAAUCAGCAGGUAAGGAAUGCAUUACAGUUUCCUUUGAAAUGGCCUUGGCCAGUGUGGUUCUGACAACAUACUCAGCUCUGUCCUGA